AUGACGGCAGGGUUAAAAACAAUCAUCGCUCUCUCCUUUGUCCUCGCCAUCGGCUUUCUCCUCGUCAUCCUUUCCGCUGCGCUCUUCCACAACUUCCUCACCCUCCUCGUGGUAGCGACAUAUGUGUUAGCGCCGGUCCCGAACUGGAUCGCUUCGAGAUGCGCGAACCCCGAUGACUUUAUCGAGAGCAAUGCGAGUGCAUGGAUCGAUCUGGGACGGUUCUCGACUGGGUUUUUGGUUGUCAUGGGCAUUGCCCUACCCGUUCUCCUGGCUCAUUGCGCCCUCAUCAAGAUCCCGGCCAUGGUCAUGUCGAUCGUCGGCGGUCUUUUAAUUUACGGAACCAUCAUCAGUUUCACCCAGUUCUUUAAGGAGGAGCAAGACUUUUGA